UCCUCAUGGCGGCGGCGGCUGUGGCGGUGUCGGUGUCGGUGAGGUGAGCGACGGGGCGCGAGGCUGGCGCCGCUGCGGCCGCCCCCGACCCGCCGGCGGGACGAUGGUGAAGUACUUCGUGGGCCACAGCCUGCUGCGGAGCUCCUGGGACCAAGUCUUCGCCGCCUUCUGGCAGCGGUACCCCAACCCCUACAGCAAGCAUGUCCUCACGGAAGACAUCGUGCACCGGGAGGUGACCCCGGACCGCAAGCUGCUGUCCCGGCGGCUGCUGACCAAGACGAGCCGGGCCCCCCGCUGGGCCGAGCGCUUCCUCCCGGCCAACGUGGCCCACUCCGUCUACAUCCUGGAGGACUCCAUCGUGGACCCAAGCAACCAGACCAUGACCACCUUCACCUGGAACAUCAACCACGCCCGGCUGAUGGUGGUGGAGGAGCGGUGCGUUUACCGGGUGAACCCAGAGAACAGCGGCUGGACCGAAAUCCGCCGGGAAGCCUGGGUCUCCUCCAGCUUAUUUGGAGUGUCCAGGGCCGUCCAGGAGUUCGGCCUGGCCCGCUUCAAGAGCAACGUGACCAAGACCACCAAGGGCUUUGAGUACAUCCUGGCUAAACUGCAAGGCGAGGCUCCUUCCAAGACGCUGGUGGAAACGGCCAAGGAAGCCACCGAGAAGGCGAAGGAGACGGCUCUGGCCGCGACCGAGAAGGCCAAGGACCUGGCCAGCAAGGCGGCCACCAAGCAGCAGCAGCAGCAACAGCAGCAACACUAUGUGUAGCUCCCCUGCCCUCGCCCCGGGGGACCCCCACCCCGAGCCACGAGCGGGCCGGGGCCCCACCAGAAUCUAUUUUUUUUAAUUCAAUACUGUCUCCCCGAAAGACUUAACGCUUCAAUACUGUCUUCCCUAAAGACUUAACGCUGUGUCCGUUCCCCGCCUCCACCCGCGUGCUCCCUCUCCCCCCCCCAAAUACCGUCCGAGUUGUAAUUUAUCAUUAAAAUAAUCACCUCCCAUUACCGAAGGCCA